UAUGUUAUAAGCUAAUUUAUAAAUUAAAAUAGUUUAUAAUCAGUUUUUAUCUAUUUAUAAAAACAUAAAGGUAUUAAUUGAUUACCCAACCCAAUUAACCCAAAAGUCAUAGUGAUUCGUGAAUACAAUUUGCGCCGACCAGCCGCCCUCCUUCCUGAUAAGUCCGAUUCACUCCUUAUCUCAACCCUAGCCGCUUCACGCUCUCCGGCGACUCGCACCAGGCCAAGAAGGGUUCUUUGUUCGGAUCAGUCGCAAAUUGCCGCCGGCUGGGAGGAAAAAGGAAUUUUCUUUGCGUUAUCUUGAAGGCAAUCAUGGCGGACGAGGAAAUUCGGAACGAGAUGAAGGUGGAGGCGAAGGAAGAAGUGGCUGAUAUUGCUCCAUUUGACCCUACAAAGAAGAAAAAGAAGAAGAAGGUUGUCAUCCAAGACCCUGCUGAUGAAUCUGUUGAUAGCUUGGCAGAGAAAACUGAAAGCUUGUCUGUUUCAGAGGGCGUGGAGACCUCAUUUCCGGACACACACCGAUCUCUUGAAUGAUGAGACAGAUAAUGCAGUGGAUGACAAGGAUGAUCACUUUGGGGACAAUGAAGAGGCUGAAGAAAUCGUUCUCCAUCGCUAUCCAUGGGAAGGAAGUGACAGAGACUACACAUAUGAGGAGCUUUUAGAUCGGGUUUUCAAUGCUCUUCGUGAAAACAACCCUGAACUUGGUGGAGACAGGCGUAGAACAGUCAUGAGGCCUCCUCAAAUCCUUCGUGAAGGCACAAAGAAGACUGUCUUUGUUAAUUUCAUGGAUCUCUGCAAGACGAUGCACAGGCAGCCCGAACAUGUAAUGACAUUCCUUUUGGCUGAGUUGGGUACAAGUGGAUCACUUGAUGGACAGCAACGGUUGGUUAUCAAGGGCAGAUUCCUUCCUAAGAAUUUUGAAGGGCUCCUCCGUCGAUACGUCAAUGAGUAUGUUAUUUGUAAUGGCUGCAAAAGUCCGGACACUAUUAUGAUGAAGGAGAACCGUCUUUCCUUCCUAAGAUGCGAGAAGUGUGGUUCUGGGAGAUCAGUUGCCCAGAUCAAACAAGGUUACGUUGCUCGUGUUGGACGCCGGAAGGCUGGAACUUAGAGCUGAGUUCGUCGUUUCUCUCUUGAAUCGAAAGAUAUUUUGCCCAAUAUUUUUUAAGCUUUGAAGUAUGCAGAAGUAUACCCCGAGUUUGACUGCCCUUAUGAAAUUGAAAUCUUUGUCAAAUUUUGGAUUUAUUUGCUUAUUAAGAAGAAUACUGUGUUGUUUGUGUUUGUUUUCUCAUGUGAUUUAUGAAAUGGAUUAUUAUUGUGUUUCUUUUCACGAACCCAUUUUUCUUCCCACAAUCAAUAACUCUGUAUUGU